CCGCCCGCUGCCCCGGCCUCGGUGUCUGGGUCGGCGCGCGGCCCUGUCGCUCGGGCGCGCGGCGGAAGAUGGCGGAGUCCGGUGGCGGCAGUGGCUCUGGCCAGAGUCCCGAGCGCCCGAGCAGCCUGGCCGACCGGAAUGGGACCCUCAAGUGCACCUUCUCUGCGGCUGGCCACAGCACUGGCCUCCUGCAGGGCCUGGCCGCCCUCCGUGCACAGGGCCAACUGCUCGACGUGAUCCUCACUGUCAACAGCGAAGCCUUCCAUGCGCACAAGGUGGUCCUGGCGGCCUGCAGUGACUACUUUAGGGCCAUGUUCACCGGCGGCAUGCGCGAAGCCAGCCAGGCAGUCAUCCAGCUGCAGGGUGUGUCUGCACGAGGCCUGCGCCACAUCAUUGACUUUGCCUACAGCGCUGAGGUGACGCUGGACCUGGACUGCGUGCAGGACGUGUUGGGUGCUGCUGUGUUCCUGCAGAUGCUGCCAGUGGUGGAGCUAUGUGAGGACUUUCUGAAAGCCGCCAUGAGCGUGGAAACAUGCCUGCACAUUGGCCAGAUGGCUACCACCUUCAGCCUGGCGUCCCUGCGUGAGUCGGUGGAUGCCUUCACAUUCCGCCACUUCCUGCAGAUUGCGGCAGAGGAGGACUUCCUGCGCCUGCCACUUGAGCGCCUUGUCUUCUUCCUACAGAGCAACCGACUGCAGAGCUGCGCCGAGAUUGACCUGUUCCGCGCUGCCGUGCGCUGGCUGCAGCAUGACCCCACCCGUCGUGCCCGUGCCAGCCUCGUGCUGCGCCACGUGCGCUUCCCGCUCAUGCAGCCGGCCGAGCUGGUGGACAGUGUGCAGACACUAGAUGUCAUGCUGGACGACGCCCUGUGUCGCCAGUAUCUGUUGGAGGCCUUCAGCUACCACGUGCUGCCCUGUCGCCAACAUGACAUGCAGUCGCCACGCACAGCUGUGCGCUCGGAUGUAGCAUCCCUGGUGGCCUUCGGAGGCACGCCCUAUACCGACAGUGACCGAGCGGUCAGCAGCAAGGUGUUCCAGCUGCCUGAGCCUGGGGCCCGCCACUUCCGUGAGCUCACGGAGAUGGAGCUGGGCUGCAGCCACGCGGGCGUGGCUGUACUGGAUAACUUCGUGUACGUGGCAGGUGGCCAGCACCUGCAGCACCGCAGCGGCGAGGGCGCCGUGGAUGCCUGCUACCGUUAUGACCCGCAGCGCAAUCGCUGGCUGCGGCUUAGGGCGCUGCAUGAAAGCCGCGUGCAGUUCCAGCUCACAGCACUUGGCGGGCUGCUGUACGCCACCGGUGGCCGCAAUCGCGCAGGCAGCCUGGCUUCCGUGGAGCGCUACUGCCCGCGCCGUGACAGCUGGGACUUCGCCUGCCCGCUCAAGCGCCGCACCUGGGGCCACGCGGGCGCCGCGGCAGCUGGUCGCCUCUAUAUCUCAGGCGGCUAUGGUGUCUCUGCCGAGGACAAGAAGGCGCUGCAAUGCUACGAUCCUGCAGCCGACCGCUGGGAGCCCAGGGCGCCCAUGCGUGAGCCUCGCGUGCUGCACGCUAUGUUGGGCGCCGCUGGCCGCAUCUACGCCCUGGGCGGCCGCAUGGACCAUGUGGACCGCUGCUUCGAUGUGCUGGCGGUGGAGUACUACGUGCCUGAUGCCGAUCAGUGGACCAGCGUGGCCCCUAUGCGCGCUGGCCAGUCGGAGGCCGGCUGCUGCCUGCUGGAGAGGAAGAUCUACAUCGUUGGUGGUUACAACUGGAGGCUGAACAAUGUCACGGGCAUUGUGCAAGUGUACAACACCGAGACAGAUGAGUGGGAGAGAGACCUGCACUUCCCCGAGUCCUUUGCCGGCAUCGGCUGUGCCGCUGUCCUGCUGCCCCGUGCUGGCCACGGGAGGUAGCUCUUAUCCUGGCCUGGCUGUGUUCCGCAUGAGUGUUAGACCCCCCACCAGCCCUGGGGGUCCCCACGUCUCACCCCUGAGCCAGCAGAGAUAUCUGGUCCCAGAGGUUUGGGCACCACGGCAGCUACUGCCCAAUGUGCGUCUCCGUGCUGUCCUGGAGGCUCAGCCUCGGUUUCCCUCAAUCUUGACCAGACACUCAGAAAUAAGCUUGUGGACACAAAAUAUCCAAGUCCCAGUGAAAACCGCCCCUCCCUGUCUUCUGGCUGGUUGAAACUCCAGCUGCCCAGUGGGUAAAGGUACUGCCCCAAGCCUGACAACCGGAGUUCUGUCCUGGGACCCACAAGGCAGAAAGGGAAACUGACUUCUUGAAAUUGCUCUCUGAUCUCCAUGUGGCACCAUGGCACACAUGGGCACACAAUCAAAAGAGGGUAAAUCAACUCUCCUGGUACCUGGGCAACCAUUCAGGAUGCAAGAGCCAGAGGGUGCCCCAGAGGCACCCUGACAGGUGGCAGAUACAGAGACAUGUCUUCACCCCCAAGCUCCCUGGCCUUGCUUGACAUGUGUACUCCAGGAGCAUCCCCAAGAGGCUCUCUGGCCAAUUGGGAAGUCAGCGUUCUUUGUGUCCCACCCACCUUCAUAAGAAGACAGCCAAGUGAGUGCAGUGGCCUGUUCCAGUGCUCUGGAGGUGGAGCUGGGAGAAUUAUUGCAGGUUCUAGGCCAGCC